UAGAAAUUCUGCUUCCCUCUCUUCGGCGGCGCCCCUAGGUGGCCAGUCGCGGCACUGCUGCUGAUGUAAACAUACCGUAGCUGUUCUUUAAAUGUUCACAUGCUCUCCACCCGUGAAUGAGUUGAGCUGAGAACAUGGCGGCAUGAAAACCGUGAAAACUGUUACUACAACGGGACCCGAAACAUAACCAAUGAAAGCAUCUCAUCUGGGUUCAGAAAAUAGGAGAAGCUUUGUGGGAUGUCUUCGUUCUAUCCCUGGAACACAGAAAACAGCAGCACAGAGGGCGUAUUAAGCUAAUAAAGUGAACCGGGACUCUUCUACUCCGGCGAAAAGGGCAGGGGAAAACAAGGCUGACAUGAACGGGGACAUUUUAUGCAAUGGACAUUCUACCCUCCCUAAUUACUUAAUUCAUUGCAACAGUAAAACAUCACGCGAAGAAGUGGAUAUCAUAGAGGGCAAGUCGCAAAUGCAAGGAGAGUGUAUAGGCAGAAGGCAUGCCAUUGUGAGCCCUGAUUCGAGUGGGAUAAAUAACGAACAGCAUGAGGCAUGGCCAUGUGAAGGUGACAGGCUUCCACUACAAUCAUACCCCUCUGUGGAGGUGACAACAGGUCAAUACAGUUCCCGCGCCUUCAACCACAGCAGAGAGACACGCCGCAAAGUGAAAGUCAAGAAAUCCUCCCAGAGAAGAGAAGAGAGGAAAAAUACCACAAAUCGCAAGGUCACAGACUAUUUUCCUGUAAGGAGAAGUUCCAGGAAAAGCAAGUCUGAAUUGGAGUGUGAAGAAAAGAAGCAUAUAGAUGAACUAAUCUUGAAGGGGAUUGAGAAUGGCAUGACGGUUCAGCACAUAGAAAGUAAAGGACGAGGCAUUUUCGCUACACAAAGUUUCCAGAAGGGGCAGUAUGUGGUGGAAUACUAUGGCGACCUGUUACAAAUUCCUGAUGCCAAGAAAAGGGAAACUAUGUAUGCCCAGGACCCUUCCACUGGCUGCUAUAUGUACUACUUUCAGUACCUGAGUAAAACAUACUGCGUGGAUGCCACUACUGAAUCUGGCCGAAUGGGAAGACUCAUCAACCACAGCAGAAAUGGCAACUGUCACACCAAACUCCACGACAUCAACGGAAUACCUCACCUCAUCCUCGUAGCCUCCAGAGACAUCGACAAGGGCGAGGAACUUCUCUACGACUAUGGCGACCGCAGGAAGACAUCCAUCGCCGCUCACCCUUGGCUUAAACAAUGAGUGGCCAGAAAGGGAAUUCCCAACCCCUGGUUUCUUAAUAGAGUUUUUAAUGUAAUUAUUGCCUUAGGGAACAGAAUGUUAGGGGAUGGUGUGUUGGUGGGUAACUUAGAUGAAGGUACAUAUUCAAAAUGUCCUACAUUAUUACUUUUAAAAUAUUUAUCCUGCUCCUAAGACCUGCUAGUUUGCUUGUUUUUUUUGACACAUUUCUUUUGUACAUUUUAUAUAUGAGUAGAUCAGUGCUUCCAAAGCAUGCAGUGGUAGUCUAAUGUUCUGCGUUUUUAUAAACAUUUUCUUAAUCCAAUCUGUAAUACAUGUUUAGCAAUAACAAUGUCUGGUGUCCAAACAUCAGUGAGAUGCAGAGAGAUGCAAGCAAAGCCUUUUAACAGCUUCACACAAACUGGAAUGUCUUAUCCACCUUUAACACAGCUGACUGGAGAUGUGUGGCUCUUUUUGCUCUGUGUGUAGUGUCACAAAUCUGAGUAAAUCUUUAGCUCUUAACAUAGAACACUGUUUUGUUCCAAAACCCUGCACCAUGUGAAAGUAUGUUGAUUAAUCUUUAUGCUGGUGUAGAGGCAUUAGUAAAUAAAAUGUUUUUUUUUUUUUUUAAA